GUACAUGUGGGAAUGGGAAAAGAGCUGAAGUGAAGUGAAGUGAGUUACUGUGCAGCAUAAACCUGGUCCCAGAAAUGACAUCCCUAGCUCACCAGCUGAAGCGGCUGGCUCUGCCGCAAAAUGAUUCGAGCCUAUUCACCAGGAAGGAGGUGGCCUCUCUCCUCUUUGAUCCGAAAGAUGCUGCUACGAUCGACAGGGACACCUUCUUUGCCUUAGGUUGUACAGGACUCGAGGAGCUUUUGGGAAUCGAACCCCUGUUUGAAGAAUUUCAAGAGACACUGUUCAGCCAGGCUUCCAAGACUCUGGAGCGCAGUGUCCAGACCAAAGAGGUCAACCAGAAGUUGGAUACGGGCAUCUCCCUGUUUCUCUCCCGCUUGUCCCCCUACUUCCUGCUGAAGCCAGCGCAGAAGUGCUUAGAAUGGCUGGUUUACAGGUUCCACAUUCACCUGUAUAACAUGGACUGUCUGAUUGCGUGCAUCUUGCCAUAUCAUGAAACCAAGGUGUUUGUCCGAGUCAUUCAGCUUCUGAAAAUCAGCGACCCAACACAUCGAUGGAACUGGCUACAUGGAUUACAGAAACCGGGGGUUCCAUUGGCACGAGGAACACUAAUCACACACUGCUACAAAGACCUGAGCUUCAUGGACUUCAUCUGCACGAUGGUCACCAAGUCGGUCAAGGCCUACUCUGGAUCCUCCGGAAACUGUCCCCAGCUUAGAGUCGUUUUUUCCUUCUACGCCUCCACCAUCGUUCCUGCUUUGGAAGCUGUGGAGAAGGUGAAGGACACCUUGAUGGCCAAGCUGCUGCCUUAUGUUCAAAAGGGGUUGAAGUCGUCCCUCGCGGAUUAUAAGGCCGCCACCUACAUGGUGGUGUGUCAGCUGGCGGUGAAGGUGGUGAUGGAGGCUCAGCUGGUGGACACGCUCGCUGUGCAGCUGGCCAAGUCUCUGUGCAAGGGCCCUGCACUGCACAAGGAGGGACUGGGCUGCCUCAUCGUCCUGCUGCAGAACCAGAAGGCCGAGUCUGUCGGGAAAAGGGCCUAUGGCCACCUGUGUGCAGUCCCUGGCCUGGUCUCUGCACUCCAGGACAUUGCUGCUGUACAUGACAUCAGUCCCCUGCUCCGCUACCUGCUGCCCCACCUGGUUCACUCUGUUGUCAUUGGCUCUGAUGACACUUUGACCGAAGAUUCCACAGAAUCCACAAACCUUGAGAGCCUUUUGGAGUCAGUCAUUCAGGAUCUCGCCCUCUCGAAAGGCCUGGAUAACACAGUCGCGAAGUUGUUCUUGGAGGAAUACCUUUCCCACGGCACCCAAAGUCAGCUCUCCAACGACGAGAUCUCUGCCCUCAACCAGCGGCUGCUGCCAUUGGUCCGAGCGUUCGAGUCAAAGUGCCCUGGGGCCCUCGAUGUCGUUCUGGAGGGCCACAUCAGUGACACGGCUAACCCCCAGGAGCAGAAUCUCUUCCACCAGUUCAUCUCCCUGUCCAUGAGCAGUGGGAAGUACAAGAUUUUGGCGGGUUCUGACACCUCCCUGCUGCUCAGCCUGAACCACCCCCUGCCCUCUGUCAGGAACAUGGCUGUGGAACACCUGAAGGAGAUCCUCAACUCGGGACAGGAGGGCUAUGACGAGGCGUUCCUGAAGGAUGCGGUUCUGGAGCGGAUGAAGGAUGAUGUGCCUGAGGUUGUUCAGGCUGCUCUGAAGGCUCUGGAGAUGUACUGUGAGCAUGUGGGUGCUGAAGAUACUGUGUCCAGUUUACUGAGCCUCCUCCAACGCAUUGAUCUCUCUAGAGAAGGAAAUUGGUCUCCCGUCCUGGUGGAAGCGGUCCGGGUUCUGGAUAGCGCUCCUGUCCUGGAGGGGAACCCCUGUCUGAGGGCUCGGGCCGUCAGGGAGCUGCUGCCCUUCCUGGUCAUCACGGGAACCAGCACCGACGCCCCGGAACACCAGCUGGCCUGCUGCAUCGCCCAGACUUCCCUGCUCACCAACCACCCUCUCACACAGGGCUGGGCUGAAGUGCUGAAGGAGGUCUUGGCGAAGACCCCACCGCAGGACCUCAUAGGUGUGGCCAACCAGCGACUCAUCGCCACGAUGACGAGCAACUUCUCCACCAUGGUGGGCUCCUUGAAACGCAACCUCCUGGAGGAGCUGGUGGAAGUGGCAGGGAGUCAGAGGAACAGCCUGAGGGAGAGAGCAGCCUUCCUGGUCCUGACGUACACCCUGGUGCAGGGCCUGCCAGGCCUGCCCGAAACCCAGCACCUGCACACGGCCCAGAGAGUGUACAGCCUACUGGAGCCCCAUCUGCUGGAGCUCACCGUCCCACAUGGCCCCGACCAGCCCUGGCAGGAGCAGGCGUUUGAGGAGCAGUCAGCCCCCCUGUUCCCCCCGGCAGACCGGCUGGGGGAGUACCUGUAUCAGCUCAGACUGGGGGAGAGCGGGGCCAGGGAGCACGCCCUGCUCCUGGUGCUGCUGCUCAGGCUCUACAUCGUCCAUCUCAAGUGCCCCGUGUCCGCCUUCAAAGGGCAGACCUGGUGGAACCCGGAGAAGCUGGAUACGGCCACCUGCUGCUACCUGCGCCUGCUGUGCCAGCUGUUCGAGGUUAUCAUCAACGGGGCUGGCCAGGGGCCACUGGCCCUCAGCUUCAGGGGCCUCAUGCAGCUCCUGUUGCAGGUCCAGCUGAGCGAGCCCUCCGACCUCUUCAAGUUCCUGUCGCUGCUGUGGGGCUACAGCGGUAACCUGGGCGACCAGCUGGACUUCAAGGUGAGCGCAGUGCUGCAGACGCAGGCGCUGUACGUGGGACGCGCUCUCCUGUCUGCGCAGACGCCCCCGACGCUCAAGAUGCUGGCCUCGGACUCCUCUCCAGUGGUGCCCUCCCUGUUGGCCUGUCUGAGUUCCCCGGUGCGUGAGGUCAGACGGGCGGCGGUGGUCACCCUUCAGGUCCUAUCAGGAGCAAACGGCUCUCCCUUUCAGCCAAUCACUGAGCGACUGCUGCAGGGCAGCGAGGAGCUCAUCUCUGACCCCUCCCACAUCAGCCAGGCCCUGGGUCAGCUGUACGAGGAGGCUGUGGCAGGGAAGGGGAAGAGGCUGCUGCAGUCUAUAGAGCUGCUGCUCCAGGGAGUGCAGUCCCCAGACUACCCGUCCUACACCGCCAAGGUCCUGCUCCGGGUGCUGCGCGACGUCAACGGAGAGCCCGUUUUGGCCGCCGUACUGCCGGCAGUGGAGCGUCUGCUGGACCAGUGUGGGCCGGAGCCUCCCCACCUCCUGAACGACGAGGCCCUGCUGCUGCAGCUUCUCCUGGGGAAGUACAAUGAGCAGGGGGGCCCUCUCCUCACCAGCAACCAGAGCUGCCUGGAGCUCUUCAUCAGAGCCCUGGGAACCACCGCCCAGCCGUUCCCUGGCCUUCCCAGCAUCCAGAUCAUCGCUCUGGAGCAGAUCACCAAGCCCUUCUUCGGAGCCCUGGGGGAAGAGAAGAUCCAGCAGAGGAUUCUGGGAGUGAUGUUUGAUCUGGUGGUGGAUGGCAAGAACCUUGCCUGUGCCCAGACCGUGAGCAGCGUCUUCAAAGCGUUAGCUGUGGACGGCGAGCUGGUGGCCAAUGAGCUGACCCCCCCGGAGAAGCCCAAGGCGUCUGGCACAGUGCAGCAGGCACGCAGGAGCAAGAUGCUCCAGAGGAAGACACAGGACUCUGCCGCGGCUCCGCCAGAAGAGGGCGCUGUGUUCUGGCCGAGAGCGACGCUCAUCCUGGAGCUACUGCAGCACAAGAAGAAGCUGAAGAGGCCGCAGGUUCUGGUGCCAGCCCUCUUCAACCUCCUCUCCAGGAGUCUGGAGCUGUCCACCGGGGAGCAGGGCAACAUGGAGUACACCAAGCAGCUCAUCCUCAGCUGUCUGCUCAACAUCUGCCAGAAGCUGUCCCCCGACGGGGGGCCCAUCAGCAAGGAGGUGCUGGAGGAGGACAAGUUUAACGUGGAGCUGGUGGUCCAGUGCGUGAGGGUCUCAGACAUGCCCCAGACCCACCACCACGCCCUGCUGCUACUGGGGGCUGUGGCUGGCAUCUUCCCCGAGAAGGUUCUUCACAACAUUAUGCCCAUCUUCACCUUCAUGGGCGCAAACAUCAUGAGGCUGGACGACACCUACAGCUUCCAGGUCAUCAACCGGACCGUCCAAACGGUCAUCCCGGCCCUAAUAAAGGCUCAUGAGGGCGGUUCGGCUCAGGCUGGGGGGCGCAUGGAGGGCGUGGUGGCCAGGAUCGUACACGUUUUCGUGGACGCCCUGCCCCACGUCCCGGAGCACCGCCGCCUGCCCAUCCUGUCCCAGCUGGUGGGCACCCUGGGUCCGGCCCGCUUCCUGUGGGUACUCCUCCUCCUCCUGUUCAAACAACACGUCACCCAGACCGCCGCCGAAACCGCCAGCUCCGAGAAGGACACUGCUUUGGAGAGGGAUGUAGAGUUCUGGAUAUCAGUGUGCUGUGAGUUUGAGGUGCAGGAUCAGCUCGCUUCUCUGAUCAAGAUCCUGCAAUACCUGGCAACCCUUCCUCAGGACAAGGAAGAGGGUCAGGAGAAAAGGAUGACCCUUCGAAGGGGUGCCAAGAAGAAGAAGGAGGAGGCUGAGGAGCCACUCUUCAACGUGGAAGCCCACAGCGGGAAGGAGCUUCGCCACUUCAAGUUCCUCUCCGUCUCCUUCAUGGCCCAGUUGCUGGCCUCCGGCAGCUUUGUGGGGAAGGUGGCUGAUGGUAGUGAUGACAUGGAAGAGGAUGUGCAGGGUCUAGAGCAAAGCCUUCUAGAGGAGAUCUUGGGCUACAUCAACAGCGUGGCUCGCUGUGUGGAGGAGAAUGCUGACAAACCCACUGCCAAGUUUUGGAGGGCCCUGCUCAACAAGUCCUAUGAAGUUCUGGACAAGGUGAACGCUCUGCUGCCCACUGACACCUUCAUCACUGUGAUGAGAGGACUCAUGGGUAACAGGCUGCCUUCAAUUCGACGCAAGGCCAUGGAGCUGCUGAACAACAAGCUGCAGCAGAGGACCGCGUGGGAGGCAGAUCAGGUGAAGGUGCUGCUGGCGUUGAUCGGGGACCUUCUGGUCGUUGUGGGCCCGGGGCGGGGCCAGGCCCAGGCCAUGGAGAUGGCGGAGGAAGAAGACGAGCAGACCAUCAACCGCCAAACGGCCCUCUACAGCCUAAAGCUGCUUUGCCGCAGUUUUGGGGCCCACCACCAGGGGGCGUUUGUGCCGGUGCUGAGCCGGGCGGUGGAUCUGGUCACAGCCCCUGACGAGGACAGGAACGUGAUGGGCAGCGCCCUGCUCUGCAUCGCUGAGGUCACCGGGGUCCUGAAGGCCCUGGCCAUCCCACAGCUGCCCAGACUGAUGCCUGCAGUGCUGCAGACCCUGAAAGAGCGCAAGGAGCUCCUGUCCAAUGAGAUCUACCUCCUCAGCGCAGUCACCGCCCUCCAGCGAGUGACAGACACCCUGCCCCAUUUCAUCAGCCCUUACCUGCAGGACACCAUGCUGCAGGUGGCCCAUCUGACGCGGGUGGCCGAGCGAGGGUCCUCGUUCCCACAGCUGGGGGUGCGUCUGGCCUCCCUCAGGGCCACUCUCGCCUCCAAGGUGCCCCCGCGGGUCCUGCUGCCCACCGUCAGCAAGUGCUACAGCCAGGUGGUCAGCUCCCAGCAGAACCGACUGGGGCCUCUGAUGGGAAUCCUGAACGAGCACAUUAGUCACAUGGAGAAGGAACAGCUGACAUCCCACCAAUCAGAGCUCACAUCCUUCUUCCUCACUGCCCUGGACUACAGAGCCCAGCAUGCUCAGGGCAGCUUAGAGAAGACCAGCGAGACGGAAGGCUGCAUCAUCGACUGCCUGCUGUCCAUGGUGAUGAAGCUGUCAGAGGUCACCUUCAGACCUCUCUUCUUCAAGCUGUUUGACUGGUGUAAGACGGAAGGUGCGCCCAGAGACCGAAUGCUGACCUUCUGCCGUCUGGCCAACUGCAUCGCCGACCGGCUCAAGGGGCUCUUCGUCCUCUUCGCCGGACACCUGGUCAAGCCCUUCGCUGACCUGCUCAACCAGACCAACGUCACCAAAACAGACAAAGCCUUCUUUGGCUCUGAGGAUAAUGUGGAGAAGAGCUGCCUGUUGCUGCAGUACCUCCUGGACUGUCUCCACAAGAUCUUCCUGUACGACACGCAGCGUUUCGUCAGCAAGGAGAGAGUGGACACCCUCAUGAACCCACUCAUCGAUCAGCUGGAGAACACGCUUGGAGGAGAGGAGGCCUACCAAACCAGGGUCACAAAGCACCUGGUGCCCUGCAUUGGCCACUUCUCCGUCGCCAUGGGAGACGACUCCCAGUGGAAACCCCUGAACUACCAGGUCUUGCUGAAGACACGGCACAGCUCUCCUAAGGUGCGAUUCUCUGCCUUGCUUCUGCUGCUGGAGCUAGCCUCCAAGCUGAAGGAGAACUACAUGGUGCUGCUUCCUGAAACCAUCCCCUUCCUGGCUGAGCUAAUGGAGGACGAGUGCGAGGAGGUGGAGCACCAGGUCCAGAAGGUCAUCCAUGAGAUGGAGGUCAUCCUGGGAGAGCCACUGCAGAGCUACUUCUGAGGGCCCCCGGAUUGGGGCCUUCUGCAGGGAUUCACCCGCUCUGGGAGCUGAGCUGUCCUUCUCCGUGAACAAACCGUUUACUCAUUAAUCUGUGUUACUCAGAAAUCUGCAUCAGACCUCAAACUACAGUCAAACAUUGCAAUGAAUGCAGGGGUGUUGACCUUUGCUCAAACGUGCUGUCAAAUGCGUCAUCUUUGUACAAGAGCCCUUGGGUUUCAUAAUACAGACUCUCUGUGGGGGGGCGGGGGGGGAUUUAUCAAAUAGGCUUUGAUUAAUGUUUUUCUAUUCUUUUUUUUUAAGGCUAUUUCAAAAAUUAUAUUUUAUCAUGUUACUUGUUUGUUUUCAAAUGGUCAUUUUCUGUAUGCAAUACAAUUAAAUGUCAAAUUAUUUGCAAUUAUUGCAA